AUGUCUGCGGCGAAGAGGCUGAUCCCCCUUCUGGACCGAGUGCUCGUGGAGAAGGUCGUCGCUCCCACCAAGAGCCUGGGCGGAGUGCUGCUGCCCGAGGUGGCGUCAGCCAAGAUCAACCAGGGCACUGUUUUGGCUGUGGGGCCUGGCCGGAGAACCUCCACCGGAGAGCUGAUUCCCGUGGGAGUCAAGGCUGGGGACAAGGUGCUGCUGCCCGAGUACGGCGGCACCCCCGUGAAGCUGGAGGACACUGAGUACAUGAUCUUCCGCGACGAGGAGCUCCUGGGUGUGCUCCAGAACUGA